GGAAGUUUCUCACCAUUAGGGUGGAAGGUGCCUCAGGAAUCCCUGACUGUAGGAAACUCUCACCAUAUUAGGUAAAUGACGUCACGUCACGUGGUGAAUUCCGCGAGAUUCCAGACAACAUUAUUUCCCACUUUGCCUCGGAGGUGUGUGACUCAACACGACAUGUUGCAUUGACACUCAUUUUAAGACGUUUAAGGACGACUGAGGGAAAAUAAGACGCCAUUUUCUUUCACCCCACCCCUUGGAUCCGGAGCCGUUUGGACUCGACCGACUCGUCGCACUAACAGAGGAUGUACAGAAACUUAGGGGGCCACGGAAGAGGCAACCCGGUGUACGCAGGCGCAGCUUCUGGCUCCAACUCUGCUUCCCUGGAAAGCACCUGUAGCACCUCCACUACACAGCAGGAACAGAAGUUCACCAUGGCGGGCAGCAGUCAGUUCGUACCCAGCCUCAACGCCAUCACGACCAACCAGGACCUCCAGUGGAUGGUCCAGCCCUCCCUCAUGCAUCCACCCGGUCCUUCUCGCUCUCCGGUGCCCCCUUACCCAUCCCUCUCCGGGGCACGCCCGCUGGGUCCCCCGCCGCCACUGCCGCACUCCCACUUCAUCAGGCCGGGGGUCAUAAGGGCGAGCGGCGCCAACGCAGCGACGGCAUCGACCCGGCGCAGGAACGACGACUACAUGUCCCAAGAAGAGGCGGAGAGACGACGAAUAAGAAGAGAGCGGAAUAAACUGGCAGCAGCUAAAUGUCGCAAUCGUCGCCGGGAGCUGACGGACUCACUGCAAAAUGAGACCGACGAGCUGGAGGAGGAAAAGUCCCAGUUGCAAAAGGAGAUCGCCGAAUUACAAAAGCAGAAAGAAAAGCUUGAGCUGGUCCUCGAGGCCCACCGACCCAUCUGCAAGAUCGAGGACUCCGGCUCGGAUUCGGAACCCGGCUCGUCGCUCUCGUCCUUGGCGGGCAUCAAAAUGGAGCCCGAGGACUACAGCGGCAGACCGGGGCCGUCGCGAAAACAAGCAGUGAAGUCGGAGAAGCCCAAGCCAAAGAUCACCAUCCUGACCAAGCCUGCGACGUCGUCGUCUUUGGCCCCCGCCUACAGCCAGGAGUCCGAGUCCCUGCACACGCCCGUCUUGGCCUCCACGCCCUCCCUCACCCCCUUCACGGCCAGCAUGAUCUUCACCUACCCGCCGGCCGCCCCUGUCACGUCUGCGGGCGCCGCCGCCGCCGCGCUCCAGUGCAACUUCCCCGCGUCCCAAGCCCCGGAGCCUUGCGGCGUGGCGCACCGCCGCAGCAGCAGCAGCGGCGACCAAUCAGAUCACUCCCUGCACUCGCCGACCAUCCUCACGCUGUGACCCAGCAGCCGGCGACCGGAAGCUACCGCACGGAAACGAUUGUAACCACCAUUGCAUUUCAUCUUUUUCAUGUUUUUUGUUGGAAAAAGCAUAAUCGUGACACAACUUGAUAGAGAUUUUAUACCAUAGAUGUUUUAUACCUCUCCUUUGUAAGGGCUAGGAAUAUUUGCAAAAUAAAUGUACCAUUUGCAAUUAACGACACAAUGUUACAUGACAUGUUAUACGAGGGAAUUAUUAUUAUUAUUACCUAUUUGACAAAUUCUAAUAUUGCCUUCACGAUGUAUUGACCACUAAGGCUGGGCCGUAGGAGUUAAUAGAGAGUCGAUAUUUAUUUUUGAGAGUGUAAUAUAUUUUUGAUAACAUUCUCAGGAGGGUGACAUUAAUGGGUGGGCAGUGCCUUACUUUGCAUCUUUUUAUCCGUGCUGUUUAC